UUUGGUUGAAGCCAAAACAGAACAUCAUGGCGAUUGAUGGUGGCGAGCGUAACUGUGGAGUACAUGAGCUGAUCUGCGUCAGAAAAGUUUCUCCAGAAGUGCUGGGGUUUCUGACAGCCAUCGGACUCUUCAUCAUCCUCAUGACCUUCCUUUUCUGGUACCUCAACAACAAGUUGGCACUAGAGAACCCAGGGAGCCUGCAGUGCCUUGAUGACUUCAGGAAAAACACCGAACUACAAGACAAGGCCUACGCUGACGCCGACCUGCAGGGCUCAUCAUCGGACAGCGAGGAUGAACUGAUGGGUCAGUAUCAGGAAGCGGUCAGCCGCUCUCAAGGCCUCCGGGGAGGAGCCAAGGCCGCUUCAAACGCCAAACACACUGGAGGUUUCAGCUGGGAGAGUCGGCAGAAGUACAGCCCUCUGACUGCUGAUUAUGACGGCUACAGCAGUGAAGCCUCGGCCGAUGAUGCCAACUGCAUCCAGCGGAUGAGACGAACUCCACCACUGGAUGAGCUUCAGCCACCGCCAUAUCAGGAUGAGAAUGGCUCUCCGAGGAUGUCCUGCACUCUAUCAGAUCUUGGUGACGCCAAGUGUGAUCUGUCCCAGACCAGUGGCAGUCCCCACCUUUCCUUUGGCAAGUGUCCCAGUGAGGGCAGUGAUGGCCAUGAAACUGAGAGUUACCUCAACAAGGGCUACGAGGAGGAUGUACCCAGCGACAGUACAGCUGUCCUCAGCCCAGAGGACAUGUCAGCUCGUGGUUCAGCGGCACAGCUUCCUAAAGGUUAUGAACCAGAUCCUGUUGCAAAAUAUGGCACCCUGGACAUUGUGUUUGACUACGACUCAGAGGAGCAGCAGCUGGCUCUGACCAUCAUGGCGGUAACAGACCUUCCUGCCCUCAAGCGCACGGGUAACAUCUCCUGGCAAGUCCACCUGGUGCUCCUGCCCACCAAGAAGCAGAGGGCGAAGACAGGCAUCCAGAGAGGCCCCUGCCCCAUCUUCACGGAGACCUUUCACUUUAGCCAUGUGGAGUCAGAGAUGAUCAGUAAUUACGCCAUCCGAUUCCGCCUUUACAGUAUGCGACGGAUGAAGAAGGAGAAGGUGCUCGGGGAAAAGGUGUUCUACCUCACCAAGCUCAACCUUCAGGGCAAAAUGUCUGUGCCGGUCAUAUUAGACCCAUGCUGUGUGCUCCCGGGCGGUGAAUCCCAGGUCAGCCUCUCAGACAUGACAUGCAGUGAAAGCGCCUCAUCAUUCCAGUCAGUCAGUCAGACUUCCACACCAGAGAUCCUCGUGGGCCUGGUGUACAACGCCACAACAGGACGUCUCUCUGUGGAAGUCAUCAAGGGCAUCCAUUUCAAAAACCUAGCUGCCAACAAGCCACCCACUGUCCAACCCUUGUUGUCAGACGGGCUGUUCUGUUGUCUAAAACACUUGAUAGGUGGACAGGUUUAUAUUAUCAGAGAUACUUAUGUUAAGCUCACCUUACUCAACUCCAUGGGCCACGAGAUGUCCAAGUGUAAGACAUCCAUCUGUCGAGGUCAGCCCAACCCGACCUACAAAGAGACAUUUGUCUUCCAGGUAGCUCUUUUCCAGCUAUCGGAUGUCACGCUCAUCCUCUCUGUCUACAACAAGCGCAGCAUGAAACGGAAGGAGAUGAUUGGUUGGAUUUCCCUUGGCCUCAACAGCUCUGGAGAGGAGGAGCUCACCCACUGGACUCAGAUGAAAGAGUCUAAAGGACAGCAGGUUUGCCGCUGGCACAGUUUGUUGGAGUCCUAACAGCGAUCGUAGAGUAAGUCGAGAAAGUGGUUGAGGGCAGCUGCACAGAGCAGCUUCCCAGAUUGGCAAGAAAUGGAUGAGGAAGAGGAGUGUGACAGUUGACUGGUGAACCGGGGUCAGUGGUGGUGAAGAGAAAGAGACAGAAACACAUGUGUCUGCACUCUGCCAUAAGCAUUUUCAUGGUACAGCUGGCAAAAUCCCUGACAGCUGUUGAUUAGUAGUAUGACUAGUAAUGCAAUGUCUCUAUUUUCAUGGAUUGCCUUGUACCGACCUUUAAGUUUCUGUAGGUGCCACUUUUUUGUCCACUGAACUGGUUGAGUUGGGGCUUCCUCUAAGAAGCCGGUUCUAGACUGCACUGUUGAGUACAUUGUUGUCCGGUAGUUUUGUGUACCCACACCUCCAGCUUUACGUUUAAAUUAAUGUUUCCCAUUCAGUGUUCUAUUAGGUUUUUCUGGCUAGAGUAUGUAGAACAAGUUUUUGUCAGGAAUUCAGAGGUUGAUCACAAAAAUAGCUCCUAAUUCACAUAAAAUGUCUGUUUUCUUGUAGAGGUUUCACCAUCACUGUUAAAGGCAGUCACUUUCUAACUGUGAGCCAUGGCUUCCUACAUUAAGACAACAUUUUGGAGCAUAUUCAUGAUCUUGCCUGAGUAAUUUCCUGUAGCAGCCAGUGUUCAGCUGCACUUGAAUCAGAAUCAUAGGACAGCUGUGUGUCGUAGAGCAGCGCUGCACUAUCAGAAAAUAUUUUAGUUGAAUCAACUAAUGUCCAGAAGCCUUCUAAUGAACUAAAAUGCCCAGUCAGCCCUCUGUUGUCAUAUUGACAUAUAAAUCAUAUCAUUUAUGAACUGAUUCACCAUGCCGUAUUUUCACACAAUACAAAAUCAUGACAUUUAACAACAUUUUAAGGAAGACUUGUAUUUUCAAAUUAGACGUCUUCACUUAUAUAAAUUCUUGUAAAACUUAUAUUAUGUUUUUCAAGUGAUUCCUUUUCCUUUAGUGUGUAAUAGCUGUUUUUUUCUAUUUAAAAUGUUUGCAACCUUGACCACACCAAAGUGAAAAUACGCUACUCACAAUAAGUUGGGGAUAUUGUUAUUUACAUGAAUGCUUUUCCUAUUUGGUCAGAAUUUUAAUGAAAUAAGUAAUAGUUCCCUUUGAUAUUACUAUUAAUGAAUGAGAAGAAGCACCAUUUUCAUUAGUGCAAUAUAUAUUUCCCCAACAAUUUGAUAAUAACAAAGUUGGCCCAAAAUAACCAAAAUUGACAAAGUCAGUAACGGGUGUUUCCACCAUUUGCCGCAAUGACAGCUUGACAGUGACGUGUCAUGCUCCUAACUAGUCUCAUGAUGUUGUUCUGAGGCAGUGCAUUCCACUCCUCCACAAGUGCUACAUGCAGUUCUGCCAGGUCACAUGGGGGUGGGGUAUGAGCAUCCAGUCGCUGCUUCAGCUGGUCCCAGACCUGCUCUAUGGGGUUCAGGUCAGGGGACAUUGCUGGACAUACCAUAUGAGGCACUCCCACUUCCUGAAGUUGAGCUGUGACAAUUCUGGCACCAUGUGGUGAAGCAUUACAGAAAGUUGAACAGAAAGUUCUAUGAUGUCUCUGAGGUAAGAAUAUGCAGUGACUGAGCCAUCUACAAUCACCAAAUCUGUUUUGCCCUAACUGGUGAUGCCUGCCCAGACUGUUACGCCUCCUCCACCAAAGCCAACCCUGGGGACCAUGUUGACCUCGGCAUAUCGCUCACCUUACCUUCUCCAGCAACGCUGACGAUCAUCAUUUCUGUGCAAGGUGACCCAACACUCAUCAGUGAACAGGAAAGUAGAUCACUGCUGCAUUGUCCAGGUCACAUGGUCUUGUGCCCACUGCAAACGGUCACAGCGGUGUCUUGGUGUCAGUGGAGUCACCUGCAACGGUCGUCUGGCAUUCAAGCCAAGCGGUGGAGUCGGUUGCGAAUGGUUUGUCCAGAAACCCUAGUACCCCUCACUUCUCUUAAAUAGGCCUGCAGCUGUGUGGCAGUUGCAUAACGGUGUCUUGAGUGCAUAGGUCCUUAGACACUGGUCGUCAUUGCGGUCCAUCACUUGUUGGGCUUCACUCCUGGAUCUGUCACGGACACUGCCAGUAGGUCUGUGUCUUGCUGCAAGUCUACUGAUGACCCACCAAGUUCACAAGCAACAUCUGACUGCUUACAACCAACCUGAAGGCGCUAUUGUCAGAUGCCGCUACUCGUCCAUUAAGUGACGUCGUGUGUUCAUGGCUGCUUGAAUGAUGAACUGGGAAUGACUUACUGACAAUACCAGCUUUUUAUACCCCUAGAAUGUUGAAAUUGAUGCCACAUCAAAAAGGGUUGUCUUUUUGUAUUUUUUGGUAUUGACCCCAAUAUGUAAGGCCUACUGUACGCAGUGAGACCAUUAUGUGGAAAAAAUAAAAUAACGUGUCUAGCACCUUAAUACAAUUGCUUCCCUACCCCUAAAAUCACUGAAGUAAAACAAACACCUUAUGUAUGAAAUCCACUGAGGACCUCACAAUAUCCCUAACUUAUUGUGAGUAGUGUACUACUACUUACUACUAUUUUCUGCCUACACUCUUAGAUCUGGAGUUACGGGUUAGGAUUACCUCUCUCGACCCAGCUGGCCAAUCAGAGCCAACUGGGCUUUUUGGAAGCGGUUCUAAAAGAGACUGAAGGUAAAAUGCAGCAUUUAAUGUAGAGGCUUAGAAGAGGAGCUGGGGCAACAUACAGUAUGAGAAAAGUGAUGUUUUUCAACAUAAAUCCAUCUAACAUAUUCAAGGAGACCCCACAAAUACAAUUAUGAACCUGUAAAUUUGAGUAAUAUGGGCUCUUAAUAAACCUGGGACUUCAUCAUCAAUUCAUCGACCACAAGAUUUACUCUGUGGCUUCAAGCUGUGUCAGCCACAAUAAAGGAAGGAAAACAAAAAAAAAGUUUGCAAUUUUAUUAUUUUAAAAUUUUGGUUGUAAAAUAGUGGGAAUAAAAUUUGCGUCUUACACUUAAUUAAAAUGCGAAAAUACAAACCCUUGAGCAGGAAGUUAUGGGGGUUAGAUAGACUCUGAACUUUAUUUAAGCCCUGGUUGCUACUUACCAGUACUUCAAACAGAACAUUACCCACACAGUGCUGAAGAGUUUACUAAGAGUGAUGAACUGCUCAUAAUUAUCAACAAAAUGGCAUUCUGUCCUUUUUUAUACCAAUAUCCCUGUUACAACAUAUCCCUGUUAAAACAUUGGACAUUAAUGCAUUGCUCAUGGUGUCACUGCAUUUCUCUACUUAGCUCUUGAAUUUCUCCAGAUGUUGUUAAAGUGAGAGGUGUGGCUACACAAAGUUGUUUUCACUGCUCAUUCUAAAUGCACUUAAUGUUACAUGUUAAAGUUAAGUCAUUGAUUUUGAGCUAGAAACUUACAACAUGUCACUCCAUCUAUCCAGGGGAAACAUUAGUGGGAGUUUUAUAACCUGAACAUGGAUAAUGUAAAGGUUAAAUCUUACCUAACCAAAGUUUAAUCCACCACAUCCCAGUGUUUCUGCUGCGAACAUUUUGCAAUUAUCUGUUGCAUUUAAAUGUGCAGAACUCUGUGGUGAUGGAGGGAGGAUGGAAGAUAUGUACUCCGCCAAGUAACAUGGCGUGGUUAUGUGAUGAUCGGCAUACGUUUCUAUGUCUGUGAAUAACAUUACUAAAAAACAGAUUAACAGAUUUGGAUGAAAUUUUCAGGGAAGGUCAGAAUUGACACAAGGACCACCUCAUUAGAUUUUGGCAGUGAUGCAGCUCAUAGUCCGGAUCCUCGGAUUUGUUAAACAUUUCCGUAUCAUUGCCAGAUAGCGGCACGGCAUCACUGUAAUUAUGACAAGUGAACACUACGUCUACUGUCUGCUGACGAUUGCAUGAUUGCGAUCCUACUACAAAUUGACAGUUGCGGACUAAUCGGGACUUAUCUGUCAGAAAUGAUGCAAGGAAUAAUUGAUUAAAUUGUGGGGGUGUUUCCGAGUCCCAUCAAUUCCCAUCAUUCACAACAUAUUUCAGUCACGCAAUUUAGUAUCUGUACGUAAGGUACACACAUCCAGAACACACAUCUGUGCUCAGUGCAAGGUCAUAUUGUUUGUGGGCACGUCUAUAUUAAAUAGCCACAGUCGAUGGUGCCAUGAUUUAUGUCUCGAUUUUUUUUCAACAUUUCAUCCAUCUAAAAUGAUACAACUGAGCAGCCUUGGCGGAGCACUGCGCUCUUUGAGUGCUUUUCUUGUUACUCUGCCAAGGAACAAUUGGCGCACGUUUGUUGGUCUGUUUGUCUGUCUGUUGGCAACAUUACUCAAAAACUGACCAAUGGAUUUGGAUGAAAUUUUCAGGGAAGCUCAGAACUGACACAAGGACCACCUCAUUAGAUUUUGGCAGUGAUGUGACUUAUCAUCUGGAUCCAUGGAUUUGUUAAAGAUUUCUGAAUUAUUGCAAGGUAGCAUCACAGCGUCACUGUAACUAUGUCAAGUGAACACUACGUCAGCUGCCUGCUGACAAUCACAUGAUUGUGAUCCUACUACAAAUCGACCGCUGCCAACUUAUGUGAACUUAUCCGUCGAAAAUGAUACAAGGAAUAAUUGAUUAAAUUGUGGGGUUGUUUCUGAGUUCCAUCAAUUCCCACCGUUCACUACAUAUUUAGGUCGUGCGAUCAGUAUCUGUGCGUAACAUACACAUGCACAACACACGCCUGUGCUCAGUACAAGGUCAUUUUUUUAUUAAAGAUUUCAUCCAUCAGAAAUGAUAGAACAACUGAGCAGCAACCAAUUUGAACAUGUGGAAAGGUCGGUCGAAUUGAAAUUACUACAUUUUUAUGAGUUCCUCUAUUGGUCGACACUGCCGAGGUAAAACCACAUCUGAAGCUCAACUGAAGUGAACAAAACAACUACUCAAUAACUUCAGUCAUGUUUGCCAGACAAAUAACCUGACAUCACUGACAGCAGAACUGUCAUGACUGAUGUUGAGAUAAGGUUCAGCAGCCGUCUCUCCGAAGAAAUAAGCAUCUCGCAUGGUCACAGAUUUUUGGAGGACGAACCAAUAGACUGAGAUGUGUUAUAUAUAGAAAAGUGUUGUAGUUACUGUGGUGGUUUUGUGAACUUGACUUUCCAUUCAAAAGUUAUAAUGUCAAAGGAUUUUUCUAAAGAAACUUAAUUUACCUUUUGGAAUAAAAAUAACUCUUACAUGACAGUUAACAGGUGAGAAGUAAACCUACCUGUUACCGUCUUCUAAUGCUCUGGUGCUAUAUAAGAGCUGUGACUGCAGAAGCCCUUGCCUUAUGGUUUUAGUCAGUUCAUAAACUUCUUUAAGUGGACCCAGUUCAUAAACAGACACAGACACACCCUGAGAGCACACAGACCUGCAUCCAUAAUUACAGAAAGCACACACUGGAGGGAAUUCAGACUGUGAGAAGUGGAAUGAUUUAACCAGAGACGCAGCAUGCAUCAACAAACAGGAGGAACGGGCUGCAUUUUUAGCUGUGGCCACUUUCUCACUUCUUUUGCAGACAACAUAAAAUACAUAUGCUCUUUACUGUGCCUGUGGUUGUGGUGAAAGCUAGCUUUGUGCAGUGUUUACCAAAUGUGUGAGUGUGUGUGUGUGUGUGUGUGUGUGUGUGUGGACUGGAGAAGGUACAGUAAAGAGAGUGUGGGGGCUGUGAUACUGGUAGUUGUGGCAUUUUCUUGUUGGGUGUGACAGUUUCUGAUUUUAUUUACCGGUAAUUAGAACAAAAUAAUCCACUUUUUGAUUGUCUGGCAUAUACUUUAUAUUAGUAAAUGUUUUCUUAUCGAUUUUUGUAUCGAUAAUGGGGGACGAAAUUGUGUCAAGACAGUUAUUAGUGAGUCAAAUGUUCACCCUCCCUGUGAGCAAUACUGUUCUGGAUCGCUGCUUCUUUUUUUUAUUCAAGAAUAGAACAUGUCUUAGAGCUCAGGUCUUAUUCACGUUUCCUUUUCUCAAACCAGAGAGGGAUGCGAUGGAGACCGGUAGAGCUCAUCUCAAAACAAUCUGUCAAGACUUUUCAGCUUUGAUGCUUUCUAACAGUGUGAAACAGAAGCACAGCCUGUACAGCACAACAGUGAAACACACCAUGUGAAAGACAGCGUGGCACUAAGCUCAUUUGUACAUGUGGAGAUAAAUCUUCUAAUGGGAAUCCAGUGUAUGGUAUUUGGCUUCUUUUUCUUACCUGAUCAACCUGGAUCUUUUGAUUUGACUUUAGUGAAUGAAUUCUUGUGUGACAUUUGGUAAUCUGUGAUAUAGGACCAAUGAUCCCGUUGAAUCAACAAAAGACGGGAGAAGAUAUUAGAAAUGCGAUCCCGUCAGUGGGUGUCUGAUGGCAGCCGUUCACUGUUCAAACAUGUCUGUAAAAAAUGUUCUUCCCAGAAAUAUAAUUAUGCCAAAAGGAACUAGUAGCUGAAAACCUAAUGGUAAAGGAAGCUUUAUUUCCUAACAGCACACCACAUCCUGUAAUUCAUUCUACUAGUCUUUUAAACAAUCCUGCAGCAAUAUACGGAAGCCAAAACAGGACAAAAAGAUGCAAAUACUGAACACUAAGAAAUAAAAAUGUACACUACCGUUCAAAAGUUUGGGGUCACUUAGAAAUGUCCUUUUUUUGAAAGAAAAGCAUUUUUUUUAAAUAAAGAAAUCCAGUGUAGACAUUGUUAAUGUGGUAAAUGACUAUUGUAGCUGGAAACGGCUGAUUUUUAAUAAAAUAUCUUCAUAGGGGUACAGAGGAACAUUUCCAGCAACCAUCACUCCUGUGUUCUAAUGCUACAUUGUGUUAGCUAAUGGUGUUGAAAGGUUUAUUGAUGAUUAGAAAACCCUUGUGCAGUUAUGUUAGUACAUGAAUUAAAAUGUGAGUUUUCAUGGAAAACUUGAAAUUGUCUGGAUGACCCCAGACUUUAAAACGGUGGUGUAUAUGAAUUAGUGUGCUUUGAAUUCCCUUCCUUUAAAUUGUAGAUGAAGAUUGAUAAUUGUGUUUUAAAAGUUUCUGCUACCCAGUAUGGAAGACAGAAUGACCAAAUAAUUUCACUACUAAGAACUAAUACAUUUACAGAUUUUUAGUAAUUUAUUUGGAAAAAAUAUGAAUUAGUAUUAUUUGAAUUGACCUCCUAAAAUUUUUAAAGACUUCAAGUUCUGCAACAUCAGAAACAUGGUUUUAUUGACGUUAGACUGUACAAAUAUAAAACCCACCAAUUGCGUCCUAUAUUUAAAAACAAAACAACAGAAUGGAACAAGUUUUUGGGUUCGUAAAAUCAUCAGUUUCUUUUAGAGUCAACAUUUUCCGCUGAAGUAAAAAAAAAAGAAAAAAAAUCCAAAGUAAUGUCUUUAAGAUUAGAUUCAGGCACCAAAAUGUAAGAGGUGAAAUUAAAACUGCAGAAUGUGUUUUAUCAGCUGUGUGAUCCAAGAAAGAAAAAUUCAGAUGAGCAGCUGGACACCCCGUACAUAUGAGUUUUCUAUUUUGUCUUUCAUUCCUAAAAACCCCCCAAAAAAUUCAAUUUCAAAGCAGGGGAAAGCAUUUUACUGCUCAAAUUUUGGUGGCAUUAAGUAUUCACUGAAUCAUUUUCACAAGCUGAUUAUAAAUUCAAAUUAUAAUGGCCUUUCUAUGAUUCCAUACCAAAUAGCAGAAACCUGGUAAACAACCUUCUAGUGAGCUCUUUGAACAUUUCCCAAAUCUUUCACACGAUGUGUUCCACUACUAAGGUUUUUAAAACAGUAUGUUAAUGCUUUGCAGUAUUGUUUCUUAUGCUUUCGUUUUCUUGACACGUUUCAAAGAAUCUUCUGGUUUUUAAUGAUGGUUUUUGCAGAUUUUUUUUCUAAUUGUUUGUAAACUACCUAUGCCACAGACGGCAUCGGUGCCUUACUGUUUAUCACUCAGCAACCUUGUGUCACAGUGUCUUAACGUACUUGUAAAUGUACUUUUCUUCUGUACUUUGAGCUGAUUUGUAAUAUGUCUUCAAAUUGAUUUAUGAUAGAGAACAUUUCUAUGUGAUGAUAUUAUUGUUUAAAAAGACCAAAAAGAAAAAAAAAAUGUUUGUCUUGGAGCUUU